AUAGAGAUGGAAAACAGGAGAGGAUGGGGACAUUUAAAGAGAGCCCGCUCUCCUUCCUCCCCCUCCUUUCUCAGCAUCUGAGAUAGCGGCAGUACCAGCGUGCGGGGCGGGAGGCUGCCGCUUGUGUGCUGCGCGCGCCGCCCGGCCGGCCGGUCAGUCAGUCAGUCAGUCAAGCCAAGCCAAGCUGGCCAAAACAAGCCGGCGAAAGGUCUGAGGACGACGCGUGCGCCCGGGGGAGACCCUAAUUUUGGAACGUUGGGGAGGGAGCCGCUCCGUCGCGCGCGCCGCAGAAUCCUACAGUUUGAGAAGAGUUGAUAAUUUCCUUUCACUAGGCCCAUCUAACAGUUAUCUCCUCCUACCAAGAUCUUCAAAACAACUGGAAGUUUGAAGAAUUCUUGAUGUUGCACCUUAAGAGAUAGCUUUGCCUUCUCUUCUUUUAAGUUCUUGCACUGGAAUCUGACAUUUUUCUUCUUCGGUUUGAAAAAAAAACAACCCUGUCACACUCGCUCGCUUGGCUUUUUCUGCACCAGAAUCAUAAGGGAAGUUUGCAAAGAAAAAUAUUUUUUUCCUGGCAUUCACCAUGGAAAACAAGUAAAUUAUGAUCUUACAUUCAUUAUAGACUUUCUAGCAUUUUGGCAUACCUUGCAGAUCUUUGCCUUUGGGUAUUUUUUUCCUGUUGCAUUUUGCUGAGAUAAAAGACAUUUGCUUAACAGCAGGUUCUGUGCCGCUGCUUUCCCAGACAGCUGGAAUUUUUGCAGUGUGGCCCUUAGACAGUUAAAAACGUUUUUCUUUUUUUCCCCUUUUUUUUUUGACCUUUAGGCUAUCCUUAAGAACAGAAAACGGUGACAUAUUUGCCUGAUGCAUGGGAAUCUUCAGUGUAAUUAUCGGUGAAACAUUAACCUACAAAAUCAUGGAAUAUUGCCUUCAUUCAAUCUUAGACUGUACUUCUAAAAAUAUAUCCAAUAAGCAUUGAUGUCAAAAUACUGCACUGUGUGAUUGUGAAGCAGUUUGUGAAUCCAUGGUAGACAUGAAUCUUCCUUGUGAGAGAGUAUUGGGUAACAUUGUUGGCAUCUCUACUUUUCUGAAUGAUCUUCCUCUUACGACUUGAGGUGACUUUAGGUUAAACUGAUCAAGGAAGAGGGGUUUUUUUUGUUUUGGUUUAUUUUUUCGGUUCUUUUUGCCAUUUUUGUUGCCAAGAUGGCUUCUGUCCGGUUUAUGGUUACCCCCACUAAAAUUGAUGAUAUCCCAGGCCUGUCUGACACUAGCCCAGAUCUCAGCUCCCGCUCGAGCUCCUGUGUCCGCUUCAGUUCCAGAGAAAGUGUGCCUGAAACAAGCCGCAGUGAGGGUGCCAGUGAUUUUUCUCGAGCAACUACUUCCUUGGCCACUGAAGCAGCCGAGCCUACUUCUGACAAGAUAACCAACCCUCGCACAGAUGUGGUUGAAGAUGUGAGUCAAACUUCCAUCACAGGGGAACAAUGUCAGCUCUUAGAUCCUGGACACAGGAAGGCUUCCCAUACAUUUCUUAACAAUAUCAACUAUGAAGAAGGCGAUGAAUUCUUUGACAAGAAUUUGGCACUCUUUGAGGAGGAGAUGGAUACCCGACCCAAAGUGUCUUCCCUGCUCAAUCGAAUGGCCAACUAUACCAACUUGAUGCAGGGAGCCCGUGAACACGAGGAGGCAGAGAAUGUCCAUCCAGGCAAGAAAAAAAUCACCAAGAUUCCACAGAUGGGCACGUUCAUGGGAGUAUACCUACCUUGCCUGCAGAACAUCUUUGGAGUGAUUCUUUUCUUGCGUCUUACUUGGGUUGUGGGUAUAGCUGGUGUGCUUCAAGCCUUUACCAUUGUCCUUAUUUGCUGUUGCUGUACAUUGCUGACAGCCAUCUCCAUGAGCGCCAUUGCCACUAAUGGAGUAGUGCCUGCUGGAGGAUCAUACUUCAUGAUUUCACGAGCUCUGGGCCCUGAGUUUGGAGGAGCUGUAGGACUCUGCUUCUAUCUCGGCACUACCUUUGCUGCUUCUAUGUACAUCUUGGGGGCUAUUGAAAUCUUUCUGAUGUACAUUGCCCCCAAGGCAGCCAUCUUCCACAGCGAUGAUCCCCUGAAGGAGCCGGCAGCCAUGCUGAACAACAUGCGGGUUUAUGGCUCGGCCUUCCUGCUGCUUAUGGUGCUGGUGGUAUUUGUGGGAGUGCGUUACGUGAACAAGUUUGCUUCUCUUUUCCUGGCCUGCGUCAUCGUCUCCAUUCUGGCUAUUUACGCUGGUGUCAUCAAGUCCUCCUUUGCACCUCCUGAUUUUCUUGUGUGCAUGCUGGGGAAUCGUUCCCUCUCCCAGCACCAUAUUCAGACAUGUGCCAAGGCCAAGGAGUAUGGUAACUUGACCAUACCCACGUUCCUCUGGACACGCUUUUGCAACCAUAGCAGUCUCCUCAAUGCCUCUUGCGAUGAGUAUUUCCAACACAACAAUGUUACUGCUAUCCAAGGAAUUCCAGGACUAGCCAGUGGUGUUAUUGCUGAGAAUCUUUGGAGCAGCUAUCUGACGAAAGGUGAAAUACUUGAGAAGUCAUCUUUGCACUCGGCUGAUGUGGGAGGAGCUCUGAAUCAGCAGUACGUCCUGGCUGAUAUCACCACUUCUUUUACCCUUCUUGUGGGUAUAUUUUUCCCUUCUGUCACCGGAAUUAUGGCUGGGUCAAAUCGUUCAGGGGACCUAAAGGAUGCCCAGAAAUCAAUUCCCAUCGGUACCAUCCUGGCUAUUCUCACCACCUCCUUUGUGUAUCUUAGCAACGUAGUGCUGUUUGGGGCAUGCGUAGAAGGCGUUGUACUCAGGGACAAAUUUGGCGACACAGUAAAGGGAAACCUGGUGGUGGGCACCCUCUCCUGGCCAUCCCCUUGGGUCAUAGUCAUUGGUUCGUUCUUCUCCACAUGUGGAGCUGGGCUGCAGAGCCUCACAGGUGCACCCCGGCUACUGCAAGCCAUAGCUAAGGACAACAUCAUACCCUUCCUGCGGGUUUUUGGCCACGGUAAGGCCAAUGGGGAGCCUACCUGGGCUUUGCUUCUGACCGCCGGCAUUGCAGAACUUGGGAUCCUGAUUGCAUCCUUGGACAUGGUUGCCCCUAUUCUCUCCAUGUUCUUCCUGAUGUGUUACCUCUUUGUCAACCUAGCCUGCGCCUUACAAACUUUACUACGCACUCCCAAUUGGAGACCACGCUUCCGGUACUACCAUUGGAUACUCUCCUUCAUGGGCAUGAGUAUCUGUGUGGCGCUCAUGUUCAUCUCCUCCUGGUAUUACGCAAUUAUUGCAAUGGUGAUAGCUGGCAUGAUCUACAAAUAUAUUGAGUAUCAUGGGGCUGAGAAGGAAUGGGGCGAUGGCAUCCGUGGCUUGUCCCUGAGUGCCGCCCGUUUUGCUUUGCUGCGCCUUGAGGAGGGGCCACCCCACACCAAAAAUUGGAGGCCACAGUUGCUGGUGCUGCUAAAGUUGGAUGAGGAUCUCCAUGUGAAGCAUCCACAUCUGCUCACCUUUGCUUCUCAGCUGAAAGCUGGCAAAGGACUCACUAUUGUAGGUUCGGUCAUGGUGGGCAACUUCCUGGAGAGUUACAGUGAAGCCCUGGCUGCUGAACAGACCAUCAAACAUCUGAUGGAGGCAGAACGAGUGAAAGGUUUCUGCCAGAUCGUGGUGGCUGCCAAGGUGCGAGAGGGCAUCUCCCACCUCAUUCAGUCCUGCGGGCUGGGUGGCAUGAAGCACAACACCGUGGUGAUGGGCUGGCCGAAUGCCUGGCGUCAGAGUGAGGAUGCCCGUGCUUGGAAGACUUUUAUUGGCACUGUCCGCGUGACUACAGCUGCCCGCCUGGCCUUGCUGGUGGCAAAGAACGUGGCUUUUUACCCUAGCAACGCAGAGCCUUUUACCGAGGGCCACAUUGAUGUCUGGUGGAUUGUGCACGAUGGAGGGAUGUUGAUGCUCCUCCCCUUCCUUCUCAAGCAGCACAAGGUGUGGCGUAAGUGCAAAAUCCGCAUCUUUACCGUAGCCCAACUGGAGGACAAUAGCAUACAGAUGAAGAAGGAUCUGGCCACCUUCCUGUAUCACCUUCGUAUUGAGGCAGAGGUGGAAGUUGUUGAGAUGCAUGACAGUGACAUCUCUGCCUACACGUAUGAGCGCACUUUGAUGAUGGAACAGCGCUCCCAGAUGUUGCGCCAAAUGCGUCUCUCUAAAACAGAACGAGAACGCGAGGUGAACUGGGCUGAAACAAAGGCCCAGCUUGUGAAAGACAGGAACUCAAUGUUGCGACUGACCAGCAUUGGCUCAGAUGAUGAUGAAGAGACUGAGACCUACCAGGAGAAAGUGCACAUGACCUGGACCAAGGAUAAAUACAUGGCUUCUCAUGGACACAAACUCAAGACCCUGGAGGGUUUCCAAGAUCUGCUCAACAUGCGUCCGGAUCAGUCUAACGUGCGACGUAUGCACACGGCUGUCAAGCUCAAUGAAGUUAUUGUCAACAAGUCCCACGAGGCUAAGCUUGUGCUGCUGAACAUGCCUGGGCCACCACGAAACCCUGAAGGCGAUGAAAACUAUAUGGAAUUCCUGGAGGUGCUCACAGAGGGGCUGGAGCGUGUGCUGCUUGUACGGGGCGGAGGCAGUGAGGUCAUCACCAUCUAUUCAUAGAGGAUGGGGGGAGGGGGAGUUUUCCCCCUGAUGAACUGUGUUCGAACGGAUACUCGCUUCCUACCUGUUCCCAUGUGCCACUUGGAUCUCCUGAGGAAACUAGCUAUUACCGCCACACCUAUUUGCUUUCAUUUCUCGUGGCAAUUCAGGGUCUUCAAAUUGGGUGUUUUUUUCCCCCCCUCCAGCCCCAAUGUUUGGAGGAAGGAUAGUUGGUAGCUUCUUCAGCUUCCAUCGAGUUAGGAGCUACGCGCUAGAAUCUUCACAAAGCUUGUCGCAAGAGAGAAAUUUAGAGAUAGGUAGGAGAUUGCUCUGUUAAACCCUCUCAAGAAACGUAGGAGCCGUGUCGCGAGUAGUAACUGCAAGGCAUUUAAUAGGAGCAAAAGAUCAGGAAAGGAGUGAUGAGGAUCCAUCAGCUAGAACAGCAGGUUUGGCCCAGCUGGAGUAGCUGUUACUUGUCAUUAUCAUGUUAAGAGGAACAAGAAGGGAAAGGAGAUAACUGCUGGGUGAUUUAGAAAAAAAGGGAAACCCAUCCUUCAUUGUGCUGUUUUCUUCUGGUCAGCACCAAAGUCUCUUUGCUUCCCUUCCCACUGAAAUCAAGGCCGCAAUAAGCUCUUAGAAAGUCGGAAGUCACUUUUCAGUGUGCUUAACUCUGAUCCCCUUGUGGUAUUCUGAGAAUCAGAUACGCCGUUUGCCGACAAGGGGAGAGAAUGGCUGAUCCCCAAGUUAAGGGGAUAUUGAUGGGGAAAUCGCUUUUCCAUCUGGCCUUUGCACUUCUACCGAGUCGAGGAAACUAGCAGCUGCCUUUUCCUCUUUUUAUAGAUAAUUCUGUAGAACCGCGGCAGGCGGCUGUCAUACUUUGUCCUCACACAUCGAAAUGGGGUGGGGGGCGAUUUUUCUAUUCUGAAGAACAGGGUUUUCUGAUUUUCCAAAUUGCCCUCUUGGCUUUUGAAGAGAUCCAUCUCCUCUUCUAAGCUUGGAUAAGAAGAAAAUUUAAUGCCACGCCUUCUGUACCAAGCGAGAUUGCCCUCUUUGAUGUCAAGUGACAAGGAUAUACAGCUUACAUUUAUUAAGUGUUGGGCUGGAGUUUUUUCCCCCCUUACCUCUACAGAAGCAAACUUAGAGAAAGGUGCUGUUGUCUAUUUUGUCCUAUCUAAUUUCAAUGAUGGAUGUCUCCUUCUCUUGGUACCUCUUGCUCAAGAAUAGAAUACAGGGACCACUCCCUCGGGGUAGCCUUAAAAGACACAUCUCAAAAGCCUCUUGUUUUAUUUUUAAAAAAGAGAAUUUCACAGACAUCUCUUUAUUUUGGCUGAGACUUCUUUUUUUUUAACUUAUUCAGGGUGCAACCUUGUUUACAUCGCGUCAAAUUUGGGAGUGUGAUUUUUUUUUUUUGGCUUCUUGAAUUAUGUAAAAGAAUAAACAUUUUAUAUAUAA